UUGUACGCUUCUACAUUCUGAUCCGAGGAUCAGCUGGAAGGCAGCAAUAAACAGGAAAAUCUGCAGCAAAGGAGGGGGAAAAAAAAGGAGAGGAGGAAGCUGCAGAUGUUAUGAUCUGAAGUCCUCAGUGUAAAUUUUUUACACGAAGCCCUUCUUCUGAGAAGAAAGCCUUUUUUAUUUUUGUAUAUUAGUGUUUUAACUACCUCACAUAAAGGCUAUAUCUAAAGCUAUGCUUUAAGAGUUGUCGUUUCUACUGUGUUUUUGACACCUCGUUUACAACUUGAACUCAAAGGCAGGCCUUUGUCCGAAACCAAGUGAAACCUUACAUUUGCACUAAAGAAGUCCGUCCCGCCUUGAUUUGUCAAUCCAAGAUCAAGCACAGGGCUUUAAGUGGAAACAAGAACAUCAGGCAGAAGAUCAGCAUUACGCAACUACUAUUACACUGAUAAAUACAAAAAAAAAAAGGCAGCUAUUACAUCAUUUUUCUUUGUGGACAGCUUAUAGCACAUCAUAGGCAUAAAAAACUGACGAUACAAGCAGCAAUGUUUCAGCGUCUUAGCAACCUGUUGUUUGGGGAGGUGGAGGAGGUGGCAGCUGAUCUCAAGGGACCCAAUCCAUGUGUGACGGAGGCCGACGAGGAGGGCUGGAUGCUCGUCAACCUGUCUGACUCUGACUGCAUGAUGCAGGUGGAAGAUGAGACGGGGACCCCGCUGACUGCACAGGCGUUGCCCGACAGUAAACUAUCAGAUCACCAAAACACGCAAACAAGGACUGAAUGCCCGGCCUCCACGCCCCAUCUGCCUCAUAAGCGUCGCAGGCCACAUAAAGGUCUGACACGGGGUCCAGCGGUACCAUCGGAGCCCCUGUCUUGCCCAAGCGCUAGUCCACCACACUUAGGGGCCACCACGCCUGUAAGCCUACCGAGACGGGUCAGACUGUCCACCCCCUCCUCCACCCCGUCAAUGUCUCCAGGCUCUGGGAGUGACUGUGGGGGUGCCAGCAGGUCAGGCUCGGAGAGAGGCUGCAUGGAUGAGAGCUGGUUUGUCACCCCUCCCCCCUGUUUCACUGCAGAGGGAGCCACGGCAGAGGCCAGCCCCAUGGAGGACCUGCUCAUAGAGCACCCCAGCAUGUCUGUGUACGUCUCCCCCAACAACCUGUCCAUGCUCUCCAGCGGCAACCUGUCUGUGGUGGGGGAGGAGAGCCUUGUCAGCCUAGCUAGCAGUGCAAGCAGAGCGACUGAACCAGCGGCUCCGCCAGCCACCCGCAGCACUAUGCCCACCAGGGUGAGCCGUGGAGCAGCUGCCCAAGCAGGGGCUUUGGCCAAGGUCACCCAGGUGGCCAGGGUCCAGCGUUACAAGGCUCGCGUGGAGCGCCGCCAUCUGAGCCGCGGCCACAUCCAACGCCAAAACCGCGUGAGGGAGCAGGUCCCUCGUCACGCUUCUCACGCCAGAAGCACCUUCCUUCACCAGCCCAGCAAGCGUAAUGUCUGUCACUAAGCUCACCGUCAAAAUUAAAGGGGAGUGGGGGGGGGGGGGGCUUCGUUUACUCUGGGGGCAUUCGUAGUGCUGAGUCCAACAUUGUUAAACAUGUCCACCCAUUUUCAGCUUCCAGCUUCGUACAAUAUGCCAGAUUUUUUUCUCUUUUUAAAAGAGGUCCAGCAAAAUAAUGAUUCACCCUGGCGCUUUUUCACCCAAUCUGCAGUGAGAAAGCAGGUGCUCGAUGUAGACCCUUCGUAAACGAUCAUGCUUGCCCCCUUUAUUGUCCACCAGAAUUAAAAAAAAACAAAUAAAAAUAAAGUAACUUUUCAAGCUAUAUGUAGUUGUAAUAUUACCUGAAAAAAUGGCAAUAGUUGAGUUAUCUUAAUUUUCUUUAUAUGUUUUAAAGACGUGAGUUUUAUUUCUGUUCUCUCGAAAACCACGAUACUGUGUUAUUGUCAUCAAACAGAGUGAAAUAAGACCGAAAUAGCCGCUUCUCUUAUAUUCUGACUGGGCGAACAUACUUUUCAUGGCACAUCGAUAAAACAUGCUGAUGAUUUUAAUUCAUUUAGUUUUGCUCAGAAAAGGCGGACGAAGACACCGUUGGGCGAAAAGGGGAAAGAAAUCAGCACAAGUUGGUUUCCCCUGCGAAGUUGCUUUACUAGGAAGCGCGUCAGCAGAGGAAACAAUGAUUUCUCUUCUCUGCCUUGUGAGGAAGGCGACAGCAUGUAGGAGAUGGUGCGAGUAUGUGCAAAACAGACUAAAGAGUAAAAAGGAAUCGCUGGGAAUAUGGUUUUAGAAAAAAAUGUGGUUUACCCUCAGAGCAGCCGGUGAGAAUUCAGAGAUUUGAGGUUUGCCUCUGGGUUACAAGGUUGCGAGAGUUAUGGUAAGGGAAAAGCACUAUUGAAGGAAACUCUUUAUUUUGUUUUGUUAACAUUGAUUUCAUCCUAUUUGAUCUGAGAACCACAGCUGUUUCUUUUGCAACGUUCUGCCAAGAUAGAAAAUAAAACUGUUCGUGCACAGUCAGAUGAAGAGAUUUUGCUUUUAAAGUCAACAAAAUGAAUUCUCAAUGGAGACCCGGCACACUUUCGACACGAUUAACAGCAACAUGUGGCGUGUGUUGAAAUUAUCCACAUAAUUAUGGAAGUUACUUGAAAAAGGUGAUCUACAAUGUCUUGCAAAAAUAUUGAUAACCAUUGAACUUUCUUAGAUUUUUGUCACAUUACCACCACAAGCUUACAAGUCUUUUUUUAACGGGGGUUUGUGUGAGAGUCCAACACAAAGUUUUAUAUAAUUGUGAAAUGGAUCUAACCCAUCCUUUAGGUAGCAAUGAGCAGAAGCAACACAGCAAGACCCUUAACCCCUGCAACCUGGGGUUAAGGGUCUUGCUCAGGGACCCAUAGUGGCAGUCUGCGGGAUUCAAACCAGAUACAUUCAGCCUCCUCAGAACACAAGCACACCGCUCUAAGCACUAGGUCACCACUCGCUAACAAUUGGUUAGGAUUAUCCUGGUUUAGCUACGUCCAUCUGCCCAUUAACUGCUCAGCUUCUGUGUCCUGCUAAAGAAAAUAGGUUUUGCAGCUUGAUGUUACCAUUGCCAUGUUUCACGGCAAGAAUUGUGUGCUCUUGUUAAUCUUCUGCUGCACUCAAGAUUUUGCAUGCAAGCCAAAACAUUACAUUUUUAGUAUCAUUUGACCAGAACAUGCUCUUCCACACCUUUUGCAGUGUCCCUUGUAUGGCUUCUGGCAAUAUAGACAAACAAGGCAAACAGGACCUGCUAUAGGUUUCUUUUAAUAAUUCCACAUUGUAGCCCUUUUUCAGUAAAUAUCAGAUAUGCAGAAAACACCACUAAGAGUCGUCCUUUCAGCGGAUUCUCCCACAUUACCAAUCAGGCUCAUGAUAAGGUGGCAGUCUAGGCUUCUUCUUACCUGGCCUGUUGGUUUAGUUGGAGAUCCAUGUCCAUUGGUUUGAAGUUCUGCCAUUCCCUUUCCAUAUUUAAAUGGACGGUGAGAACAGUGCUCCAUGUGAUUUUAAAAACUUGGGAUGUUUUAUAAUCUAGCCAUGGUUUAAAUGUCUUAACUUUAUCCCCAGCCUUAUCUGGUGUGCUCCUUGGUUUUCAUGAUGCUGUUUCCUCACUGAUUUUCUCUAACCACGUUCUGAGGCCUGCUAGAUUUAUACUGAGAGGAGAUUACAUACAAAUAGGCUCUGUUUACUAAUUAGAAGACUUCUGGAGGCAAUUUGUUGCUUUGGAUAUCAGAGUAAAGACAAUAUGGAAAAUGUCUCCCUCUUCAGAUUUUUUAUUCAUAAGAAAUGUAUAAAACCAUUUAUCCAUCGUGCUCUACUUUGUGAUCGUCUAUUUCACAGAAUCCCAAUCAAAAAUCCUGAGGUUUGUGGUGGCCACGUGGCAAAAUGUGAAAAAGUUAAAUGCGCAUGAAUAUCUUUGCAAGGCGCCUUAUUAAGAAAAAAAAAAGAGAAACAACAGCUUCCUAAAUGCCACAGAGCAAAAACUUGCAUCAUUCAGUACAUAAACAUGCAACAUCUCUCCACCAAGCACUCCAUAAAGGUCCUGCCCUUUUGUUGCUUGCACAUCCAGCUCUGACAUCGUCCACUUUUAUGAACUCGCUUACUGAUAUGUAUUCAACAAAUAUUAAACAAUGGUGCUGAAGUGUAUACUAAUGUUUGUAAAUUAUUUUAAGACAUGGAUGUAUGUUUGCACUGUCAGAUAUUGUGUGGGUAAAAGUUUUAGCAGUGUGCUGUGUGCUUGUUUUGGGGGGGGGGUUGGGGUGGUGGGGGUUCCUAUUCUGUUUUUAAUUUUGUCAACCUUUUUUCUUUUUGUCUUGGGUCCUGAUGUGUGAGAAGGUGUAUUGGCACGCUGAAUUAGUAGGAUCUUUCCUAAACAGAGGAAAUACACAAAAAAACAACAAAAAAACGACAAACAAACAAAAAAAAACGUAAAUGUUGGUCAUUUAUUUCUCUUGUAAAUAGAAAUAAUUUACAACUAUCUGUUAUAGAUGUCAAAGCCUCUCAGGACUUGAGUCCACGACAUCGCGUCCAGAUGGGACUGAGGGGGGCAGAAAGAGAAUAACCCGCAAAACAGCACCAAACUGAGUUAAUGUGCCAUAGGCGACGCCUGGCCCCCAGAGGGCGGUGCCGCACAGCACCUGCUGCAUGAAUGACAAUGACGUCACAGCGACAAUGACGUAGAAAUUACAGCUCUGCUUGGCGUGUUCAAGAGAAAAAUGUCUGCGGAUAAGUUUGUGGUUAGUGUUUUGAUUGAUUGGUUGAUUGAUUGGUUGAUUGAUUAUUUUAUUUUAUUUUUUUGCUCUUGUACCUUUUCUGUUUCCACUUGUGGCUUUGAUCCUAUGAAAGAAAAAGUCUGUGCACUCAAAAUAUAUAUAUAUAAAAAAAGAAUACUAUCCUGUUUUUUUUUUGUUUGUUUGUUUUUUUGUUUUGUUUGUUUGCUUUGAAGAUGAGCAUGAUGUCAUCAUUUAUGUCCUCCAUAAAGCAGAGCAUUUGAGGUUGCAAUCCCACACACAAACAUGAAGUGAUGUCUUUAUUACCAUCCACAGUAUUCCAGCACCUAUUCUGUGCCUGAGAGGUAGAUCAUGGUCAUCUGUUCUAGAAACAAAAUAAUAAUGAAAGAUCACAAGUGUGUGCAGAACCAACACAGAUGACUCUGCAGCUGAAAAUGUUUUCUAUUCUCGUUAUUUUUGUCUUUUUUUUUCUCCCCUCCCUCAUCAUUCAAAAUGAAACAUGUUUUCUGCGUGUUCGGUCUGAUUUUUAUCAAGGUGUCAGGCAUAGCGUGAAUGCUCUUGAAAACUGGCGGUGGAUGGACGUGAGAUAAUGUGAGCGAUCUGGACGAAAAGAGGCAGAAGACAAAUAGUUUCUAUAUAUGAAAAGAAAUGAAAUGUACUGCAUUAAGAAAAAAAACAUGGACAUGCUUGUAUUUUUCCAUAUAGCUAUUAGAAGUUGUUUAACAAUAUGGGUGUUUUAAACAAAAAGGCAUUGAAUGUCUGGGAGGUGUUUUCCUGUUUUAUGUUGUGCCCUGAAAAAAAUGGCAGCUUGAAAAUACUCGGGAGGAUUUGCCCCUAUUGCACCAGAGUUGGUACAACCCCUCCCUCGUUCAUUAAAAAAAAUGAGAAAUCUAUUAAAAAAUAGACAUUUGGUGUAUCUGAUAUUUAUGGUGAUUGUGCCUUUUCACUAUUUCUGCAUGGUUUUUGUGAUGUACUGACUCAUCCACUGACAGACAAAACCUAUGCAAAGAUCAAUGGAUGGGAUUUUUCUGCAUCCAUUCAGGCACCCUCAGUGAAAAAAAAUCUAUAUACAUAUAUAAAAACAGUAACAACAACAAUAAA